AUGAAAACAGUGUACCCAUUUGCUGGUUCAUGUUGUCACUACGACGAUCCUCGCAGGCUUCUAAACCACACGGAAAAGUACCUACUUCUAGACUUCAUGUUCGGCCAAAAUCCUAGCUACUUCGCUGACUACAUUGACGACGUUCGCUACAUCCUAAGUUUCUCGCCCAGCAUUCGUGUGAAAGGAGAUCACCUGAUUGACUCUCUGAAAAUCGAGCGCAAUAGCUGGAUGUGCAUACAUGUUCGGAGGACAGAUUUCAUUGAGAGGAAUAUUUCUACAGACGGAAUUUCGCAUUUUAUGAUUUUUGGAGACGAUCAGAAAUUCAUGCAUAAUCUUACGCAAGUUAUCAUAAAAGAAGGAAAAUGGAAGGGGAACAACAAGGCUAUUUAUCAAGAACGUGGAGCGAGAUAUUCUGAUACGGCUCCGUUUGGAAAAAAAACGCACCGCCGACUCAUUCUCUCGGCUGCGCCU